AGUGAGCUCGGCUCGCUCGUGGCUACGAGUGGCGCCAACGAGGGCCUGCACUGGCCCCAGUCAUGCGGAGCGUCCCGCUGCGUCCGGUGCUGCUUCUACGGCUGGCCUGCGUGCUGCUGCUGCUGCUGUGCGCCGUCCUCGCCGGCGGUUCCGAAAGAGCGUCCGAGUGCGGCGUGCGGCCUAUGCGGCCCCUGGGCCGCAUUGUGGGCGGCCGUGUCUCCAAACCAGGUGACUAUCCGUGGCAGGUGGGCAUCAAGUACCGCAGCGGUUUCCGCACCAUUCACCUCUGCGGAGGGGCACUCAUCGCCGACAGAUGGGUACUCACAGCGGCGCACUGCUUCCAACACCGAAGAAACAUAUCGAGGUACAUCUUCCGCCUUGGAGACUACAACAAGAGUGUCGUGGAGCCAGGCGAGAUCCACUCCAAAGGUGACAUGAUGAUCACGCACAACAAGUUUGACAUCCAGACGUUCCGAAACGACAUCGCCUUGGUGCGGUUGGCGGAGCCGGUGGACCUGGAAGGGAGUAACGCCAAUCUGCAGACCGUCUGCCUUCCCGACGGGGGCAUGGACUUCUCCAAGGCUCGCUGCAUGGCCACAGGCUGGGGAGAGACGCAGUUCAAGGGCCGCCACUCAGACGUGCUGAUGGAAGUGAUGCUGCCCGUGUGGCCGCACGACAAAUGCGUGCGAGCCUACAGGAACUACAACAAGAUCACCACGUCCAUGUUCUGUGCCGGGUACGUCGAGGGAAAGAAGUCCUCCUGCAGUGGUGACUCUGGCGGGCCGCUGCAGUGUACUUUCGACGAGCGCACUUGGUUCUUGGCCGGCGUGGUGUCCCAUUCGGUGUACUGCGCGCUCCCCAACAUGCCCACAGUGUUUACUAAAGUGGCGCCUUUCUUGGACUUUAUCCAGGACCAGAUGGCCCAGCACUCAAUCUGAUUAAAGAAACCGAAAGAGAGAUAAUUGUCUCCUUGUAUAGUACCCCAGGGAAACUAGAUGACAUCCGCAUCUUUACAAAACGUGAGCGCCGUGCUCUGUUGCAACGGCUGGCGCUAAUAUCGUUUCCACGUAGAAAGUUCACCGAGCAGUGCGGCGGCCAUAAUUCCAACGCUCCAGCGCUACGAAUGCCAUAAUUUGCAAGAAUCCCGCAGACAGGGGCGGUGAAAGGGCCCUGGAUGGGUUGCACGCAUUUU